GUCCUCCUCCUUCUCCAGUCCUGUCUCAGCUAUCCAUAGACUCCGACUCUGACAUGACAGAAAGUUCUGGACUCCAGCAGGAAGUCAGCAUCAAACUUUCUCAGAGACAAUGCCCUAUUAUCUUUAUCAUUGGUGGUCCAGGAAGUGGGAAAGGAAGUCAAGCAGCUCUUCUAGCUAAAAGCUUCAACCUCAGAGUCAUCUCAUUGGAUGAGUUGCUCAGGAGGCAGCUACUAAGCCAAGCCUCUCCCAGCAGGAAGUGGGAGGUCAUUUCACAAAUGAUGAGUCACGCAGAGCUGGGAUCACAGGAGGAGACGAUAUCAGAGCUCAGGCGACAGCUGAUCGGUCAGCAGAAGGUCAACGGGUUUAUUUUGGAUGGAUUCCCUCGGGAUGUCCACCAGGCUCUAAGCUUCCAAGAACAGAUUGGCUCUCCUGAUCUGGUGAUGCUCCUGCUCUGCUCCAAUGAAACUCUGCGCUGUCGUCUGCAAAGACGAGCCACUGAGCUUGGUCUCCUAGGAGACAGUAGCUACGCCCUGCGGAAACGCAUUGACUCAUUUCAGAGAGACAUCAUCUCUGUCAGAAGAUAUUACAAACAGCUAAACCUGCUGAAACAGAUUCCUGCAGGUCUGCCUCGGACUAAAGUUGGCCUGAUUCUGGCUUCUGGUCCUGACUAG